UUUUCCAGUGUGCUUUAUUCAUAGACAUCUGACAGAAGAGGACCCAACAGAGCUGAAUUCUCAGCCCACACUCACUUUCCAGGAACUCCCUGCAAACCAUGCUCUGCACUGGCGGGAUGGAAAUCUUAGCAAUCUCUCUCCUGUUUCCAUAUUCCCUUCUCUCUAAAUACAAUUAUUUAUGGGACUUAAUGAGAGGGCAAGCCUUGUGUGAAAGGAACUCAAGAAAGUGCAAUUUCUAAAAAUACACCCAGGCAGCUCUACGGUCUUUAUUGUCCUGAACGGACCUUCUGCAGUUCAUGCCAUGAACCUCACAACUUCACUCCUUGCCAAACACGUACAAAGAGGAAAAGUAAAAAUUGUUUUCUCUUCACGCAAUCCCCUCAACUUUGAGAGAGCAGUAGAAAUGUUCUGGUGUCUUAACCAAUGCAAAUUUCCCCAGAGCCACACGAUACAAAACAAAAGACCUGUUAGCUUCCUCGCGGUGGGGGUGGGGGUGGGGAGGCAGGGUUAAAAUUGAUCCAGUUCCGAUUUUUCCUUAGCCUGGGGUCCUCAUCUUUCAGGGAUCUUAGAAGUUUCCCCAUUUGGUAAGGCUCCCUCGGCCCCUUCUCUCCUGAGUCCGCCGUUCAUGAAACCGGCCUUUCUUGCCCUCUUUGCCCCCAGCUUUUUGGGGGUAAAUUGGGCAUCAGCGUAGGCAUCUCAUUCCAGUAGGCUGGAAAGUACAGCUGCUGUCAUGAGGAUAAAUAUUGAAAUAAAUGGGCUGGGGCACAGAGUAGGGGUCUGCAAAGGAGGUCCCCGCGUUCUCCUUCCCCACGUGCAGCUCUGUUGGGGUGCAGAACUCCUCCGCAGGGGGCUGAAGGGGAAGCUCCUGGGAUGGAGGAGAAACAGUCCAGGCUGAAGGGAACGGGCCCUCUAGGAACAGAUCAUCUCCAACGGAAUACUGAAGACAGGAAAAAAAAAUUGGCCCACAUGCCCCUAGUGGAGAGUGAUACACCCCACGCAGGCUAGGGUGUGUGUGGGGGUGCUUCGAGGCCUCUCACCUGACUUCCUCCUCCGCUGGCACACACGACAGACUCCCCAUUGUUGCCCCCCCAAAGGCAAGCCAAACAACGAACAACAAGAGGAAGCCGCAGGCUGCAAGAGGAGGGGUGCGCGUGGUGGGGGCCCCGAGAGGUGGUCUUUAGAGAGUGACUGAGUAUGGAUCAUUUGAACGAGACAACUCAGGGGAAAGAACAUUCAGAAAUGUCUAACAAUGUGAGUGAUCCGAAGGGUCCACCAGCCAAGAUUGCCCGCCUGGAGCAGAACGGGAGCCCUCUAGGAAGAGGAAGGCUUGGGAGUACAGGUGCAAAAAUGCAGGGAGUGCCUUUAAAACACUCGGGCCAUCUGAUGAAAACCAACCUUAGGAAAGGAACCAUGCUACCAGUUUUCUGCGUGGUGGAACAUUAUGAAAACGCCAUUGAAUAUGAUUGCAAGGAGGAGCAUGCGGAAUUUGUGUUGGUGAGAAAGGAUAUGCUUUUCAACCAGCUGAUAGAAAUGGCACUGCUGUCUCUAGGUUAUUCGCAUAGCUCUGCUGCCCAGGCCAAAGGGCUAAUCCAGGUUGGAAAGUGGAAUCCAGUUCCACUGUCUUAUGUGACAGAUGCCCCUGAUGCCACGGUAGCAGAUAUGCUUCAAGAUGUGUAUCAUGUGGUCACACUGAAAAUUCAGUUACACAGUUGCCCCAAACUAGAAGACUUGCCUCCUGAACAAUGGUCGCACACCACAGUAAGGAAUGCUCUGAAGGACUUACUCAAAGAUAUGAAUCAGAGUUCAUUGGCCAAGGAGUGCCCCCUGUCACAGAGCAUGAUUUCUUCCAUUGUGAACAGCACUUACUAUGCAAAUGUCUCAGCAGCAAAAUGUCAAGAAUUUGGAAGGUGGUACAAACAUUUCAAGAAGACAAAAGAUAUGAUGGUUGAAAUGGAUAGUCUCUCUGAACUAUCCCAACAAGGGGCAAACCAUGUCAACUUUGGCCAGCAGCCAGUCCCCGGGAACACAGCCGAGCAGCCUCCGUCCCCAGCGCAGCUCUCCCACGGCAGCCAGCCCUCUGUGCGGACCCCUCUUCCGAACCUGCAUCCUGGGCUUGUGUCAACGCCUAUCAGUCCUCAGUUGGUCAACCAGCAGCUGGUGAUGGCGCAGCUGCUGAACCAGCAGUAUGCAGUGAACAGACUCUUAGCCCAGCAGUCCUUAAACCAACAAUACUUGAACCAUCCUCCCCCUGUCAGUAGAUCUAUGAAUAAGCCUUUGGAGCAACAGGUUUCAACCAACACAGAGGUGUCUUCCGAAAUCUACCAGUGGGUUCGUGAUGAACUAAAACGAGCAGGAAUCUCCCAGGCAGUAUUUGCACGCGUGGCUUUUAACAGAACUCAGGGCUUGCUUUCAGAAAUCCUCCGGAAGGAAGAGGACCCCAAGACUGCAUCCCAGUCUUUGCUGGUAAACCUUCGGGCUAUGCAGAAUUUCUUGCAAUUACCAGAAGCUGAAAGAGACCGAAUAUACCAGGAUGAAAGGGAAAGGAGCUUGAAUGCUGCCUCGGCCAUGGGUCCAGCCCCCCUGAUAAGCACACCGCCCAGCCGCCCUCCCCAGGUGAAAACAGCUACGAUUGCCUCUGAGAGGAAUGGGAAACCAGAGAACAAUACCAUGAACAUUAAUGCUUCCAUUUAUGAUGAGAUUCAGCAGGAAAUGAAGCGUGCUAAAGUGUCCCAAGCACUGUUUGCAAAGGUUGCAGCAACCAAAAGCCAGGGAUGGUUGUGUGAGCUGUUACGCUGGAAGGAAGAUCCUUCUCCCGAGAACAGGACCCUGUGGGAGAACCUGUCCAUGAUCCGGAGGUUCCUCAGUCUUCCUCAGCCAGAGCGGGAUGCCAUCUAUGAACAGGAAAGCAGUGCUGUGCAUCACCAUGGCGACAGGCCGCCCCACAUCAUCCAUGUUCCAGCAGAGCAGAUUCAGCAGCAGCAGCAGCAACAGCAGCAACAGCAGCAGCAGCCACCAGCCCCUCCGCAGCCGCAGCCGCAGCCACAGGCACAGGCAGGCCCCCGGCUUCCCCCGCGGCAGCCCACCGUGGCCUCGCCCGCUGAGUCUGAUGAGGAGAACCGGCAGAAGACCCGGCCACGAACCAAAAUUUCAGUGGAAGCCCUGGGCAUCCUCCAGAGCUUCAUACAAGACGUGGGCCUAUACCCAGACGAGGAGGCUAUCCAGACUCUGUCAGCCCAGCUCGACCUCCCCAAGUACACCAUCAUCAAGUUCUUCCAGAACCAGCGGUACUAUCUCAAGCACCAUGGCAAACUGAAGGACAACUCGGGGCUGGAAGUGGAUGUGGCAGAAUAUAAAGAGGAGGAGUUGCUGAAGGAUUUAGAAGAGAGUGUCCUAGAUAAAAAUGCUAACACCCUUUUCUCAGUGAAACUAGAAGAAGAGCUAUCAGUGGAAGGAAACACAGACAUUAAUGCUGAUUUGAAAGACUGAGAGAUCAUAGUAUUAUUUUCAUUCAACAGUGCCACUGGUAUUUACUAAUAAAAUGAAAGUCCACCUUGUAUUUGUUCAGAAAACCUUUGUUGUUCAUUGUUUGACCAAUGAAUCUUCAGAAACUUGCACAAACAGAACAGUUGGGAAAGGAUAGUACAGACUGCACUAAAUGUUUUGCUCUGUUUUAUAAACUGCUUGGCAGUCCCAGGUGAAGCAUCGAGGAUUGUUUGGUAUUAAAGUUUGUGUUCAAGGGUUGCACUAAGGUGUGUACCCCAUAAGCAUGAUUCCAGAGAUUUUUUUAAAUUAUUAUUAUUCUGGAGCCUCAAACAAGCAUUAUAACUUCUGUGAUUAUGAUUUCCUAUUCUUCAGUUAUUUCUGUAACACUUCACACUGAUCUUUGAAAACUCACACCUUAUUUUAAAAAAGAAAAAAAAAAGAACUUGCUCCUCUAUUGUAUGUUACAAAAGAACUAUAGACUGUGGAAUGCAGUUUAAAGAUGACAUAUGCCAACAAAUGCCUUGUAUUAUAUGGCACUGCCGUAAUUCAAAUUUGUUUUUAUUUUGGGAAUAAAAGUUCACUGUAAUUUUUUUCAUUCUCAUUGUUACAUGAUAUUUUUUUUUAGAAAAAAAAAAAGGAAAAGAAAAUGUGAAACACAAUUUAGUCCUCAUUAUUUAUUUGUAGAUCCUGCAGCGUCAUGUUGUAAUUAAUUUUUUGGAAGUUUCCGUUAAACGCAAUAUUGCUUCUCUUGUUACCAUACUGAUUCUUUUCUAUUUAUAAAUGUAUUUUGAUGGGCAGUAAAACAAAGUGUCUUAAAAGUUUUAAAUAGAGAAAAUGUGCUUUACACAGUUGCCUAUAAAAAGUGCUCUAUGUUAUCCAAGCAAUUCAUACUAUAAGCUUCACUCUUACUGUUGUAUGCAAUUUUUACUAUCAUGCAAAUAAGCUUAGGUAAAUAAACUAAUAGAUCACCUUAGAAAAUUAUGCAAUUAAUGUGAAAAUAAUUGAUGUUUGCAAUGUGUCUUCCUUUGGUUUACAAUCAAUUUUAAAGCUACAUCUGUAUAAAAUUUCUGUAUAAAGGUGUAUUUCUUUUUUAUGAGUUUAUGGCUAUGAAAACACCAGCUAUUUUGUUACAGCUGGCUGUUUUUAUAAGUGUAUCACAAUUUUCUUUAUGCAGAAAUGUUCUGAAUAGGAGUGGUUAUUGACUGUAACUACACAAUUAAAAUUGUUUGUAUGGUAUGA